AUAAAUAAAUCAGUGUGUCACACAAUCAAACAAACGAACCACCAUUGUCUUCCGAAACCCACCUAGAACCCUAACCCAAACAUAAACGGCGGCAGACCUUUUCACACACAUCCGAUCAAAUCAUCCAAUUUCGCAGCUGUACCAUGGAAGAACCAAAAGCAUCAUGCUGGAGUAGUGUGGUGAAGAAGGAGGCACCACCACCUCAACAACAACCACCACUUUUGCAAACCGAACAGGUUUUGGAAGAUGCUCGUAACCGUCAUGGUAUCUCUGUUGCUGUUGUUGAUGCCAAUGCUGUUAUUGAAGCUGGCGAAAAGCUUCAUGGAAUUGCUGAUAAGUUUGUUUCUGUUCCCGAAGUUAUGGAGGAAAUUCGUGACCCUGUUUCUCGUCAUAAGCUUUCUUUCCUUCCCUUUGAUAUCCAAACCAUGGAACCAACCCCUGAGUCCAUCAACAAAGUUGUCAAGUUUGCUAGGGUUACUGGUGAUCUACAGACUCUAUCAGAUGUUGAUAUCAAGCUCAUUGCCCUAACUUAUACUUUGGAGGCCCAGAUUCACGGAACAAAACAUCUCAGGGACAGCCCACCUCCUGUGCAAACAGUAAAUGUGAAGAGGUUGCCUGAAAAGGACAUGCCGGGAUGGGGUUUGAAUGUGCCUAAUUUGGAAGAGUGGGAGGCAUUGGAACAGGAAACUGAGGACAAUGCAAAUUCCGGUUCAAGAAUCCUUCCCCUGCAGGACUUGAGUUUGAACAUUCUUCCUCAAGAUGAUCAAUCUGAGGUUGGUUUGGUAGAGCAUACUGGUGAAACUCUUUUGGAAAUUCUGGAGGGUGAUGAACGUGGCGGUUCAAUGAGGCGAAAGAAUUAUAUUCCUAAGAAAAAGGUGAUAAACAUUGAAGGGAAGAUGGUUGCUGAUGGAAUUGAUGCAUCUCAAGGACAAGUUGAUGACAAUGGAGGUGAUUGGAUGCCUGCUGUCAGUCGUAGUACUCACAGGAGAUUUCUAAGAAGAAAGGCUAGACGUGAGCACUAUGAUGCAUUAUCCAGUAAUCAAGAUCAACAAGAUAUGGAAGAAAACAUUGAUGGCAGUGUUUGUGAAGAUGAUAAGACUUCAAACCUGGAUGUGCACCAAAGUGAUGAUGAGAAACAUAUUGAAAAUGUUGUUUCCAAGGAUGAUAUGAUAUUUGCAGAGAACAAUGACGGUGAAACCAUCUCUGCAACUCUGAAGCAGAUGACUCUGGAAGAAGGUUCACUUGAAGUUCUUAAUGAAGAGCACAAACCAAGUCUGUCCCCUGAAGAUAGCAGUGCAAAUUUGGCUGCUAAAUCGUGUGAGACAGAUUCAGUCAAUGACAUAGUGAAUCACUCGGACAUUGCAAGCCAGUCAAGUGAAGCUGCUGAUGUUUCAUAUGCAGAUGAUGCCAGUGAGCAAAGUUGGAUGCUUAGAUCUUUGUCUGAAUCUACUGUGGCCUGUAUAACUGGUGACUUUGCAAUGCAGAAUGUUCUUCUCCAAAUGGGUUUGCGCUUGCUGGCACCUGGAGGAUCACAGAUACACCAGCUGCACAGAUGGAUACUCAAGUGUCAUGCCUGCUUCACUGUUACUGCUGAAAUUGGGAGGAUUUUCUGUCCAAAAUGCGGAAAUGGCGGCACCUUGAGGAAGGUAGCUGUCACUGUUAAUGAAAAUGGAUUAAUGAUGGCAGCCCGUCGACCUCGAGUUACAUUACGUGGCACAAAGUUCUCAUUGCCUUUACCUCAAGGUGGAAGGGAUGCUGUCACAAAAAAUGUUAUUCUCCGUGAAGAUCAACUGCCUCAAAGGGUACUUCAUCCUAAAACAAGGAAGAAAGCCAACAAGGACGACGACUUCUAUAUGGUGGACAAUGUCUUCAGCCACCAUAAUUCUAAGGGAUCUCCUUUCCAGCCUCCCGUCAGGAGAGCAUUAGCAACUUUCAGUGGGAAGAGAAAUCCAAAUGACAAUCACUACUCACGCCCGCGUAAGUAGUGGAUAUUCAAAACUUGGCUGGCUUUUGUACCCCCUCAAUUUUGUUUUUUAUUGCUAUUGGAAGGUUGUUUAAUUUAUAAAAGAACAUGAUUUAAGGCAUGGUCAUCUGUAUAAGAUUUAGUUUGGGUGAUAUAUGGAACAUGAUUAACAUCAUGAUUUGGAUUUUAUUUGCCUAGGGUAUUCCUUUUAUUUUUUUGAUGCGGUUAACUCUGAAGUAAAUGAUGUCUAUGAAUCACAUUUUGUUUAAUUUUUCCUCUUCA